AUGGCUGAAACGGCUCCGUCCUCCCACGAGGUCCCCAAGCUACCGAGUGGUCUCAAGAGCCCCGUUCACCCUGAAAAAGGAUGGAAUCGUCUGGGGAAAGGAACCUGGUUCCACGGGCGACCAGAGACAGACGUCUACAAACUGCUAAUCGACGCUUACCGGCUUCGGAUGGACGACAGGUGGGACGUCGCCAAGGUCAAGGAGCCCGGCUCUCUCUACGCCCCCGGGGCCACCGAUGGCAAGGAAGGAUUCCGCAUCUUCCUGGACAAAGCAGAAAAGACAAAGUCCGACGAAGGCAAACCCAUGUUGCCGACAUGGUGGAACGCGGAGAAGCGCAAAGAGUGCGAGGCUCUUGGGGCCGACACGACGCAGUGGACCAGUUUGGCGAAGAAGGUCAAGAAAUGGGACAUUCACAUCCACUACGACGACAUGGCUUUGGCUAUGCAAUUGCGGUGCGUGGGUGAGAAGGUCUAUAACCUUUUGGCAGACGGAAGACGGAUUGCCAAGAUUCCGGACGAUUUGUUUGAGGGGGGUUUGGACAAUGAGUUUGAUGAGUUUGAUUCUGACAGUGACGAGUGGUACACUGAUUCCGAUUGA